UUUCAAUUCACAUAAAUCAUUUGCUUCGCUGCCAAAGGUAGCAUGUUGUAAGAAGCAUUGACAAAUUCUUUAAAUAUAAGUACAAUAUAAAAACAUAUUAACCAGUAGUUCCGCUAAUAUUUAUUUUAGUUUGAAUUAGCUUCAAAAACAUGACAUCCCGGAAUUAACUUUAAAUUCGCAAAAAUGAAAGCAGUUAUUUUCAUCGUUGUUAUUAGUGCAAGCUAUAAUCUUUUAGUCCAAACUGAUAACAAUCAAGAUGCUAAAACUAAACACAAUUCUUAUCAAAUAAAAGAAAAUGCUGAAACUAAACUAAGGCUACCAGAACCCAAUUUAAUCGAAACAGUCAAUCAAUUAGCAGCUAGCAUUAUAGAUAAACUGCCGGUGCUAAUGCAAAACAAGAAUUUAAAUCCAUUUUUCGCCCCAAACAUCAGCCAAUACAUAAUGCCUGUUAAUUUAAAAUUGACACACAUAAAAGUAUACAACCUAACAAGCAUAAGAAUGGCAAGUAAUUUGGAAAUGUUGGAUGAUCAAACCAACCGAAAACUGAUAGCUUCAUUAAAAUUGACAUUCGACGAUAUUGUUUUAAUUUCUAACUACAGAGCGUACAUAAAAUUACCCGUCCUGCCUGCUGUGGGAUCUAAAGGCAUAUUAAGAGCUACUGUUCCCGGUGUUACCGUUGAUGUAAAAGCUACUAUUGAUUUCAAGAAUGUAAAUGUGGAACUAAACACGUUAAAAUUAACAUCUGAUAGAAGUUUGAUGAAAGUCCGAUUAUCUGGAAAUUUGGAAAGUUACGUGAUCAAUGCGGCAAUGCCUGCGAUUUUGAUGAUCCUUCAACGUGUAAUUCUGCAAAUUAUUGAAGCUCCUCUUCGUAAAGAAAUCAAUAAGAUUCUAGCUGAGAUUACAGGCAUGGUGAAACUGUUUUUUGGAAAUGUUGACUAAUUUUGAAAUAAAGACAGUGUAAUAUCUAUAAAUGCAUUACAAAAAUUAUAAAUUGUUAGCAAUUGGAAAUUGUUGUGAUUAGGUAAUUAACAAUGUAAUGCACAAAUAGAAUAUUAUGCCUUAUCGAUGAUAA